AUGGAUGAGGAACAGACGAAUGUUCCACAAUCACCUCUUCGUGGAUCUCCGAGGGUUUCAGCUGCAAAAUCUGAAGAUAUUAAUGUUGCUGAGCCUAGUGAUACUUUUAUAGAAAAACCUCUUAUGAUACAGGAAUCCCCUAAGAUUCCAUCACCGGUUAUAAGUCCUGUUCCACAAUCACCGCCUCUCACAUUUACUUCAUCACCAAAAAAAGAAUCACUUGAUGCAUCCAUUAAAAGUCAGAGGAGUAUCAUGAAAGAAUUGUCCCAAGAUAUAGAAAAAAGAAGUAGACAAGGUUCUGAUACAUUAUCAAAAAAUAAUAAAGUAAUUGAACCAACCAAAAGACGAUCCUCUGCAACUGAACAAAUAAAUGGACGAAGUUCUUCAAUAAAAGGUUCAAUCAAUACAUCUAUUAGAAGUCCAAGAAGCCAAGUUACAGAUAAAAACAGUAACAACAGUGAAGGAAGUAUUCAAAAAUCUGAUGUCAGUAAUUUAAAUACAGAAAAAUCUGAUUUUGAAGAUCAUUCAGAAGGAGGUGAAACAGACUUAAAACAAGAUGGCAAACAUAGUCCUGUGCUUUAUACAAACAUAAAUAAAAUUGCGGAUAUGAGUAGACAUCUGACUAAUGAAGCUAAUGCCUUAAGAAAUUCAAUUAGGACUUUAUCCGAAGACAUUGUUCGCACUAAAAAAGAAUUAAGCAUAUCAAAAGACGAAAAUGUUAACUUUCCUUAUCAUUUGUUUUUAAUAGAACUCAUCGUGAACAAGAUUCAUAUGAAAUGUGACUGUUUCGAGUUUAGUUACAAUAAUCUCGUUAUUGCUGCAAGUUUCUUGGGCAAGCAGCCCAUAGUUCUGUAUGACUCCUCAUAUGGAAAAAUUGAUGAUUUUAAUCAUUUAAAUGUAGGCAAAUCUGCAUUAUUUGCAAUGACUUAUGAUAAAAUAUGCAGUAUUCAAGAAUUUGUAAUACACUUAAAUUUGACGAAACAACCACCAUGUUCUAGUUGUGUAAUGAAAGUAGCUGAAGCAAAAAUCGACUGUACAAAAGAAUUUUUGAAUCUACGUGAUGAAUUGUGUAAGAAAUGGACAGAAGAGCAACCUAAAGAUAACAUAAUGUGUACCACAUCAACUCCGCUAAAUAAAAAUAUGUGUUACUUGCGUAACGGCGACAGUGACAACUGCGAUUCGAUAGGGGUAAUGGAAGUAACAGUUCGAAUGUCCUUCCUUGGGAAAGAGAUUACAACAGCUUUCAGUGCAUCAACGAAACCCAAAUGUACUUCAGUUCUAAAUAAGGAAGACAAUGGCAUGAGCAUGUAUACUUGUCACGACGUAGAAAUGGAUGGCCAGGGAAAAAUUCUCUUAGAUGAGGACACUUUGACAAGAAAAGAAAUCCUUAGAAGUACACAUACAAUGUCUUCGCGAAGAACUGGAAGUCCCGUUUCGCAGUUAUCAGCCGGCCGUGCAUCAGCGAAACAAUUUUUGGAUACACAAAAUUAUACGAAUCCAUACCGCCAAGACUAUGGCCCAAAUUACAAUGAAAUUUUCACAAAAAUGAAUGAGAACGAGUUACGAAUUAGAGUUCCGAAAACAACUAAGUUGGACAGGACAGCGAGGUACGACAGAAUACAAGAAUUGUGUUCAUGUGAAACCACACCGUAUAAUACUGGAGACCAAAUUCAACUUGAGUUACCCAAAGAUAAUGUAUACUCCAACGAAUACGCUCACGAAACAAACACAUCCCAUGUAAAAUACGCAUAUAAAAGUUAUGAUAGAAAUUUAGAUAAUAGGAAUAGAAAAAUUAUUAACGUUACUCCGCCAAAUUGUAAUAUACCAGUAAAUAUGGAAAAACAGGUUCAUCCAAGAAAAGACGUCUUUAUACUUAAAAUAGGAAAGAAACUUGAAACCAAAGACAAAAAAACUGAUCUGGAAAUAGAGCUCGUUACUCCUAAAGCACCAGUAGAAAAAGCCGUUAAUAAUAAUGAUAUUUCUCAACAAUGCAGCUGUAACGAUAUGAAUCAUAAGCCACUAAGGAAAGAAAUCAAAGAACCUACAAAGAAAGGAAAGAAAACUGGUCUUGGAGAAUUUCGAAUUCGCGACCUGAACGACGAAAUCAACAAACUUAUGAGAGAGAAACGACAUUGGGAAGUACAAAUAAAAUCUCUCGGAGGACCUGAUCAUGCUCGAGUUGGCCCAAGGAUGUUGGAUCAAGACGGUAAAGAGGUCCCGGGUAAUAGAGGAUACAAAUAUUUUGGAGCAGCAAAAGAUUUGCCAGGUGUCCGCGAGUUGUUCGAGCAGGAGCCGCCGGCGGCGCCGCGACGGACGCGAGCCGACCUCAUGAGGGACGUGGACGCUGAUUACUACGGAUACAGAGACGACGAGGACGGACUGCUGCUGCCGCUGGAGAGAGAGGCUGAGAUAGAUGCUAUUGCCAGGGCAGUUGAUGAAUGGAAGAGAAAUAAAGACGAGACAAAAGAUCAAGACAUUCCAGAGGAAGAAAAUAUUUAUCCAGAAGAUCCUGAAGAUAAGAGAAUAAUAGAUGAAGACGAAGACGGAAAGCCCUCGGUGACGUCACACGUAGCAGUCCCCUCACAGAAAGAUGUAGAAGAAGCGCUGUUGAAACGGAAGAAACAGGAACUACUAGAAAGAUAUGGUUGUUUAGAUGUUAAGAUGGAAGGAAGCUAA